AUGAACAAAACUCACCCCCAGAGAAAUGGUGAUGUAGCUACUUUUGAUUCAACAAAGUCCUGCUCUGAAGAAAGAGCCCGGUGCUGGCCGCCCAGCUGCACCAGGAGAUGUGCCUGCAUCUUGGCCACAGCUCUGCUCGUCCUCACUGCCACCAGCUUGGCAGUGGCACUGGGGCUCCUGCCACGUGCACCAGUGAACCGCUUCUGUGCAGCCUCCAAUAACCAGACAGGCUUCUUGUGUGAUGACAGAGCAUCCUGUGUCCCGGCCAGCCAGGUCUGUGACAGAGCUAGCAACUGCAGGAAUGGAGAGGAUGAGCAGGAGGAACUCUGUGGUGACCUGCCUCGCAGCUUCCCGGGAUACCUGGUUUUCCACUGCAGUGAUCCAGCCUACUGGAUCUAUGCUGAUCAGAGGUGUAAUGGGAUCAACGACUGCGGAGACUGCUCUGAUGAGAUGGGCAGCUUGGCCGCCUGUCCCCCCUGCGGGCCGGAGUGGUGGAGCUGCACUCCUGUGCUCUACGAGUUCUGCUCCUGCAUCCCCAGGAGGCUGUGCCGGGAUGGGGUCCAGCACUGCACCACCUGGGCUGAUGAGUACAUCUGCCUACCAUGA